UUACAGUGUGGUCUAACCAAUCAAUAGGCAGCAAAAGAGGCUCUUAUAGCCCGUUGCAUAUAAAAGUGAAGUCACUCACCUGUAGUGCAAACCUUCAUGAUGACAUCGAAAACAGAAGAUCAUUCUCUGGCUGUUAUACAACCAACAGAAACUGCAGCUCAGAAUGCAGACACAAAUCUGAUCUACAAUGUGUUGGUGUUAACUGGUGGUGUGGGAGUAAAGGAUUUUUCCUUGACACUGCUGGACUCAAACAAUCAGAGCAGCGUCAAAACGAUGGUGAAUAAACCCUUAUUUGGUGGUUUUAGCAAGGAGAUCUCUGUUGAAAUCCCUGGAACGAAGGAUCUUGGAGACAUUGCCCUGGUGAAAAUUGAACAAGACAAUUGUCCGUUGUUCUGUAAGCAAAUCAAAGUGAAAACUCCCUCUGGAAAAUGUUUUGAGUUCCCCUGUUAUCGCUGGAUAGACAAAAAUGAAGUGUUUGUCAGAGAGGGCAGUGCUCGAUUGCCUCAGGAUGACAACGAAUGUCUUAAAAACCAAAGACAAGAAGAACUGGAAUCCAGAAAGGAUAUAAUCAGUUGGAUCCCAAAAGGGCGCCCAGGCUUCCCUAAGUCUAUAGAAGCCACACUGGAUAAACUUCCUUUAGACGUUAAGUUUGAUGAAGAAAAACAAUCAGACUUCUCCACCAGUACAUGUAAAGUUUAUAGGUUCAAUGAGUUACACUUGCCCAAAUGUAAAGAUUCCUUUCAGUCCUGGAAAGAUUUUGCAGAUCUUGAGAAGAUAUUUACAAAUGAUGAAACCAAGAACACUCUACUGGAGAAAGUGAUCCAAAACUGGAAAACGGAUUACAUGUUUGGCUAUCAGUUCUUGAAUGGCUGCAAUCCUGUCAUGAUCAGGAAAUGUAUUAAACUUCCAGACAAAUUUCCAGUCACACAUGAGAUGGUGAAGGGCUCUCUGCAGAGAGGUCUCACGCUACAAGAGGAAAUAGAGAAAGGAAACAUCUACAUAGCAGAUUAUGAAAUCUUGAAGGAUUUGCCAGCCAAUAAAACCCAAAAUACACCAUACUAUUUGACUGCACCCAUCUGCCUACUGUACAACAACAAACUGAACCAAAUUGUGCCAAUUGCCAUUCAGCUCAGUCAAACACCCGGGGAAAAGAGUCCAAUCUUUCUCCCAGACGAUAAUGAACACGAUUGGAUGCUUGCCAAGAUGUGGGUGAAAUCUUCUGACUUCAAUGUACACCAGCUGGUCACACAUCUUCUCAAGACACAUCUGAUAUCAGAGGUUUUUGAAGUAGCCAUGUACAGACAGCUCUCUACAGCCCACCCUGUAUACAAGUUACUGACACCUCAUGUCCGUUUCACAAUUGCAAUCAAUGCAUUGGCCCGUAGAACACUCAUCAGUGAUGGCGGCUUUUUUGGCAAGGGUAGUAGCAUAACUGGAAAUGGGAUUGAUCAAUUGAUGGAAAGGGCCAUGAAAACUUUAACCCUCAAGUCCCUGUGUUUUCCUGAGACCAUAAAAGCUAGAGAAAUGGAAAAUGCACCCAAUUACUAUUAUAGAGACGAUGGCAUGAUGAUCUGGAAGGCAAUACACUGUUUUGUUUCUGAUGUAAUUGAGAUCUACUAUGCCGGAGAUGAGAAGGUUCAAAAAGAUGUGGAGAUUCAAGGAUUUGUUAAGAACGUUUCCUUCGGCUUGCUUGAUUCCGAGGGUGAAAAGUUUCCACAGUCUCUGAAUACUCGAGCGGAGCUAACCGAGUACCUGACUGCUGUGAUAUUCAACGCUUCAGCACAACAUGCUGCUGUCAACUUUGGACAGUUUGAUUGGGAAGCCUGGAUCCCCAACAGUCCUUCCACCAUGCGCAAGCCGCCUCCCAUAAAGAAGGGUGAAGCGGAUCUGAAAUUUAUCAUGGAUUCUUUGCCUGACCGUGAAUCUUCCAUUAGGGCUAUAGGAAUAACUUGGGCCCUCAGUCGGUUCCAGAAAAAUGAGCGGUUCUUAGGCAUGUAUCCAGAUAUGCUGUUCACAGAGCCAGCAGUAAAGGAAGCCAUUGAGAAAUUCCGCAAGAAACUAAACGAGGUGACCGACAGCAUCAAGCGCCGGAAUGAAGAAUUAACAAUGGAGUAUUAUUGGCUGUCCCCAAACAAAAUCCCCAACAGUGUUGCAAUUUAAGAAAAUACUAGAAAUUGUCACGUGGUAUACCACCUCUAAAAACAGCUCUACUUAAAGUAUAUGAUAUAGUAAAACACAGUAACAGUUUCAAAAAUUGUCUUUGAUUUUUCCUUCUUGUUUCUGGAAAGUAUGGGAUAUUAUCUGAGAGGUAACCACUGGUCUGGCACAUACUGGGAGAAACAUUUAUACAUGUUAUACUCCAUUUAUUAUUGUCUUUUUAUUCUUUUCUGUAUUCAUAUAAACUUGCAUAAUCCUAUAUCAAAACUAUAUGGUAUCCGGGUAUUAAUUAACACAUCUUUUGAUUCAUAUAUUAAUUUUGCAUAGUUUUCAUUACUCAUGGCAUAUCGUUGUAGUCUGUUUUACUUUGAUUUAAAAUGUAUACCUUACAGUUGAUAUUUUACAUCUGUAUUAAUUUUGAUCAUCUUGUGUUUUAUUGUUGCAGUGGUGGUGGAAAGAGUAAAGCUUAAUUUUGGUAUAAGUAUGGGUUAUCAAUUACAUAUUGUAAUCGCGAUAUUGUGCUUGUUGUGAUCUCUUGACAAUUGUUUUAUUUUUCCCACAUAAGCAAUUUUUUUCUGAUCUUUGUCAUCUUGUAAAUGCUAAUAUGUAUUUACUGUGGCAUUAGCAGUGAAUUAUGCCAGGUCAAAACCUUUUGUGCUUGUCAUUUUUUGCAGAUUAUACAAAAUAAAAAUAUAUAUCAAACCAA